AUGGGGCGAUCGCCGUGCUGCGACAAGGCGGCGGUGAAGCGCGGGCCGUGGACGGAGGAGGAGGACGCGCGGCUGCGGUCCUACAUCGAGCGGCACGGCGGCAGCGCCGCCGGGGGGUGGAUGGCGCUGCCGCGGAAGGCCGGGCUGCGCCGGUGCGGCAAGAGCUGCCGCCUGCGGUGGCUCAACUACCUCCGCCCGGGCGUCCGGCACGGCGGCUUCUCGCCCGAGGAGGACCGCGUCAUCUGCGCUCUCUACGCCGCCGUCGGCAGCAGGUGGUCCCUCAUCGCCGCGCACCUCCCCGGGAGGACCGACAACGGCGUCAAGAACUACUGGAACACGCGCCUCAAGAAGCGCUUCCAACUCCUCUUCGCCGGCAUGCCGCCUCUGCCGCCACGGCGACCGCGCGACGCCGACGUUAGCGCGGCACCAGUGCCGCCGCCUUGGACCACCGGACUGCUGCGAUGCGGUACUGGCGGCGGAGUUGAUGACACGCGCAUUAUUGAUGCCGGCGGAGGCGGCAGCGGCACGGACGACGGCAUGGUCACCGGACGCACGAACGACGUCGUCGUGAGCCAGCAGCCAGCAGAAACCAGCAGCGGCUCGUGUGGACCUGCGGCGACGACAGAGCUCGACGAGAUGUUCCAGUCGUCCAUGGGCACGACCGGCGGCUGUUGA